UGCUCCUCCCGGGUGACCGCCGACGGCCUCCGCGCCGACCAGAACUACCGGUUCCGGCAGCGCGGCAUUUUCCGCGUCGACUACGCGCCGACGCAGACGCAGUACUCCUUCAAAGGUGAAUGGAGUGACUGGGUCAUGUUCAUUUCCGCAGGCGUGCCCAACUGGGGCGUCUUCAUUCCGACGAUCAAGCAGCCGGGGUUUCGGACCCUGCAGAUGCAGUGGGAGUCCCCCUCGGGGGACGGGUCGCCCGUCACCGGGUACUUUCUGGACUACGUGGAGCAGCGCCAGGACCCCACGACCGGUCUGUUUACGCAAUCCGCCAGCUACCAGAUGGUGUACAACGGUACGGGGGAGCCCACCGUGCUGCAGGCGAUCAUCAACAUCGAGCUGAAGCAGGGGUCGAGCUACAAGUUCCGCCUGUACGCGAUCAACAGGGUGGGGUACAGCAUUCCCGUUGGCAAAACCUACACCGUCCAGCGGUCCGAGUCGACGGAUUUAUCCCUGGUCAACUUUUGGUCGGUUGGGCAAACCGACCCGGUAAAGGACAUCUACAGUCAGGCGUAUGGGACUUUGUGGAAUGGGUUUCCGAAAGUGCUCCCGUUUCAAGUCCCCUACGUUCGGCACGGCUACCACGUGGUGCAGGCAGGCAUACAGGACACGAUUCGGAUCCAGGCCGUCCACCCGGUCACGAGGCAAAACGAAUCCGAUUCCGGCGACAUCUACUGCCCGCCGGAGCACAGACCGCCGCGGUGCAGAAUCUACUUGCUGUCCAUCGUGGAAGAGUGCGAGUUGAACCCGUCCAAAACGCUUUGUAUCCCGAAGCACGUUCUGGCGACCUACAAUACGAGUUCCGUGGCGGGCCUCGGUCCGCGGUACCAGGCCAUCGAGGGCAUCGGGAUCCACGCACCGCGGAAGUCCACGGUGUGCUGCAUCGAGUCUGUGGAGAACAACCAGGUCCGGGCGGACGGCACGCAUUUGAUCCACUACACGCCGACCAGCUCGGGCGACUUCUCCAUGAUUGUGCAAGCCGUAGAAGCUGGUGGCUUGCUCUACGAAGCCUGGGACAACGCGUUUUUCCAGGGCCUGCCCAUGAAGUCCGAGCAAGCGAUCAUCAACGAAGACUGGGGCGGGAGUGCCAUCGUGGGGUUCUCUUCCGACUACGUGUCUGCGCGCUGGGUUGGGUAUCUGCGAGCAAACUACACGGAGAACUACACAAUCUUGCUCAAUGUCGAUAACGGUGCGCGGCUCUGGAUCGGCGAGAAGCGGCUGAUCGACUACAGGCUAGUGCCCGACCCCGCAGACAGCGGAGUCGCAACCACGCCGGAGGAGCGCGCAGCGCUACAGGCGAGGAUGAACGUGGGUAACGGCCUCGUCGCGGCGGGCACGAUGUGCUGCAAGAUUUUCUGGGCGACGGUGAAGCUGGAGGCCAUGAAGUUCACGCCGAUUGUGGUGGAGUAUCUGGAAAAGGUCGGAAACGCGAAAAUCCAAAUGUCGUGGUCGAGUCCGAACCAGUUCACGCAAAUCAUCCCCAAGACAGCGCUUUUCAAAUCUUCCUACAUUCAGAACACGCCAAUCCCAGUCAAAGUUUCCGUCGGUGACACGAGCGAAGAGCUGAUCGACCCGGUGACCGGGUUGCCCACCGCGACGGCGGUGGCGUACGGGGAGGCGCUGGUCAACACGGACGCGUCGGUCUUGUCGACAAUUUUCGUCCAGGCCCAGGAUUCGAUGGGGAACCACGCCGACCACAAUCGGGAUGUUUUCGUGCUGGAAAUAUCGGGCUUGAACAACAGCCGGACGGAGCAGGAGAUCGAAUACUACCAAACCUGGAGCGGGCAGACGAUAAAGCUCUACCCUAGCAUGGUGGCAGAUCCGGCCAACCGGACGGUCGUCGGCACGUCCCGCUACAGCCAGAGCUUCACUUCCCAACCGUUCUCGAUCUCGUUGGGCGCUUACCUCUCUUCCGCAACCACGCACGACCAAGUGUUUGACGUCACGCCCGAGAAAAAGAUCGGUUUGCACCGGAUCGACUUCGUCGUGGAGAAGGCGGGCACGUACGACGUGUCGAUUUUUUCCGUCACCGCCGGGAAACCCGUCCAUCUCGCCGGCUUCCCGCGACCGCAGUCCAUGAUCGUCCAUCCGGGUCCUGCGAGUUCCGCCUCGACCGCCGUGGGCUGCUGGAGCGACUCGCGGCUGUGUCUUUCCCUGCCGGUCAACACGACGUACAGCUUCCGCGCCGGGGUGGAAUCGACGUUCUUGCUGGAGCUCCGGGACGCGUACGGAAAUCUGAUCACGCCGGAUACGUUUGACCCGCGCAGGAUUUCCAUCUCAGUGGAGUGGCGCCAGUACGACGCUUGCUCCUUCAAGUUCGAGGACUUCGAGAACGACUGCGGCGAACUGAACAUGAAGCGGGGCAACGACAUGAGCGUGAUCGACAGCACGUUUCCCGGGUUCGUGCAGGGGUAUGUGGAGCCGACCCAGAUCAUGACCAGGACCUUUGUCGACGCGACAGGAAUCGAGCGGGAGGAGCAAACUAUCAAGGGCAACGUCGUGGUGAUCCGCUUCACCGCCCUGCGCGCCGGGCACUCCUACCUGCGGAUCAACCUGGACGACAAGCCGAUCGACCAGUCGCCAAUCGCGAUGAAGGGCAUCUGGAACGACCAGCCCAGUGAGUACACGAUCAUCCAGGCCAACUACCCGGUGUCGGAAUUCUCGCUCACCUUCACGUUCCCGAUCCAGUUUGAGGUCCUGCUCCGCGACCGUUUCAGCAACCCGAUCGAACAGGACGUCGGCGCGAACAGUGUAGAGAUCCACAUCUCCCCGCACAUCUGCGCCACGCGCAUCUUCUCCCACGCCGGCCAGUGCGGCUGGUACACGGAUAAGGGGGCCUGCGUCUACAAGCAGUGCCCGUCCGGCGACUGCAACGAGGGGAUUCUGCUGGACUUUAACGGCGACGGAAAUCUGGACCGCGGCCGCGGGGUCUACGUCUGCCGCACCACGCCGACGAUUGCCGGCGUCGGGCUGCACUUGUACGUCAUGGUGGGCGGCAGGGACCUGACGGCCAUGUACGUGGACGAGAACGCGCCCAUGGCGCUGCCGCAGCUGGUCCCCGGCCCCUUCGCGCUGACGGUCACGCCCGGGAACGUCAAGGCGGAGAAGUGCACAAUUGUCGGCGACAUUCUGGACACCACGGUGAUGGACCGGGUAGUGGGGCAAAAUUUCACUUUGCUGCUCCAGCUGCGGGACGAGAACAGCAACCCGCUGCUGACCAACAGAGAGACCACGACGAAAAUGCGGGCGUACUUCGUGAACCCCUUGACCGGCAUCACGGAGCCGGACGUGUUGUUCAACAAAAUCGGUCUGGAGAACUACAUGAACGGAAACGGGACCUACAGCAUCAAUGUCCGGUCCGAAGUCGCUGGCUACUUGGAUCUGUACGUCAAGGUCGGCGAUGGCUGCGCCACGCCCAACGGGAUUCCCUGCGAUUUCCUGGACCAAGUGCCGAUACGCCAGGUGUUCUUCCGGGCCGAGCUCGCCAACCCGACGGGGACGAUCUGCAACCCGGUGGUGGAGGUGAACGCGGGCGACCUGUCCGAGUUCUCCUGCUUUCCGCGCGACAAGUACAAGAACCCCGUGCUGAACACGAAGCUGUCCAUGCGUGCCAGCUUCAUGAAGAGGGAAGUGGCCAUGAGCGAGAACCGGAACGUCGGCAUGUUCUACUUCUUCGACGGCACGUUCGACUGGCGCCAGCAGAGCUACAACUUCCCGUUCACGCUGCAAACGGAGGGAGAGUAUUCCAUCAUGGUCUCCGUCCGCAGCCCCGGCGGCCUGGUUGGGUACUACUACCGGGAUUUGGGGUUCAACACGCUCGUCAAACUCGAAACCCAGCCGAAUCACACAGAGUCGACCUACUUUUCUGUGGUUGACAGGAAUCUCGACUUCGAGUGGUCCGGCGUACCGGAAUCCUGCCCGGAGCUAGCUGCCGCGGAUUUUUUUGCCGUCUACUGGGAGGGCUUCAUCGUGCCGGACAGAACCGGGACCUACCAGUUCAAGCUGUCCGCCGACGGGGGAUUGAGGUGGAAACUGUUUGGCGAGGAGGUUCUGAACACGCUGCCGAGCUUUGGCGAGAGGAUUAUGCCGACGGAAUUCCUAACGCAGUCCUACCAGCUCGCGGGCGAGCAGCUGGUGCCGCUCGAGGUGUACUACGUGCACGGCUCGGGGCCGGCGUUCAUCAAGCUCGAGUGGAUGGGCGACGCGACACUUCAAAUGCCGAUUCCGACGCACAAUUUGCGGUUCCCGCUCAAUGUCGGGACCUAUAAUCCGCCGCGCACGCGGAUCAAGGCGCUGUCCGCCAGUACUCCGACGGACGUGGAGGACCGAGCAAGUCUGGAACAGAACGGGCUCCGGGCAGUGACGAGCAAUAAGAUUCGCAUUCAGCUGCGUGACAAGUUCGGGAACGCGCUGUCC